CCUGCUGUUCUCGCUUCUUGGUCACGUGACUGACGUGACUCCACCCGCCUGGAAGCCGAAAGUCACCAGCAGCUUGGAGACUGACGGAUCGUUUUAGGUGCUGAAAUCGCCGUAUCUACGAAAAAGUUGUCGUGCUUUGUGAGCAAGAAGACUUCUCUAUCCAUGGCCAGCAGCAGCCAGGAGGCUGAGGCUCCUGAGAUCCCACAGGAGAGCCGCCGCCUCAGCAUCCAGCGCUGCAUCCAGUCGCUGGUGCAUGCCUGCCAGUGCUGCAACGCCAACUGCUCGCUGCCUUCCUGCCAGAAGAUGAAGCGCGUGGUGCAGCACACCAAGGGCUGCAAGCGCAAGACCAACGGCGGCUGCCCCAUAUGCAAGCAGCUGAUUGCGCUCUGCUGCUACCACACCAAGCACUGUCAGGAGAACAAGUGUCCCGUGCCCUUCUGCCUCAACAUCAAGCACAAGCUGUGCCAGCAGCAGCUGCAACACCGGUUGCAGCAGGCGCAGAUGAUGCGCCGACGCAUGGCCACCAUGCAGGGCCGUGGCGCCCCCCAGAGCUCACCGCAGGGCCCUUCACAGCAGACACCCCAGCAAGGGGGCCCCAUCGCUGCUGCCGCUUUGCAGAACCUCCUGCGCAUACUCAGGUCACCCAGCUCGCCGCAAAAGCAGCAGCAGGUCCUCUGCAUCCUCAAGUCCAACCCGAAGCUCAUGACCGCCUUCAUAAAGCAGCGGGCUGCCAGGUACCAGGCCAACCAGCCGCCGCAGCAACAGCAGCAGGUGCAACAGCAGCAGGCCCCGCAGGGCUUGCACACAGGCCAGUCCAACCUUGCAGGCCUGGCCCCUGUGCCUGGUGGAGCGGUGCAACGGCCUGGCAUGCCCCCCCAGCCACCCCAGCAGCAGCUGCAGCACCGGUUCCAGCAGGCGCAGAUGAUGCGCCGACGCAUGGCCACCAUGCAGGGCCAAAGACGAAACUUAAAACAAGGAUAAUGUCUUUUGUAAAAUCAUGCAAGUUAUUAUGAAAAAUAAUUAUUAAAUAGCUAAUUUCUUACUCAUAUUCCAUAUUGUCAAAUAAACUGUGUGUAACAGGCAGAAA